GAUUGAAUAUGUCUGGACGCGGAAAGCAGGGCGGCAAGGCGCGCGCCAAAGCCAAGACUCGCUCUUCUCGCGCCGGGCUUCAGUUCCCGGUGGGCCGUGUGCAUCGGCUCCUACGCAAAGGAAACUACUCCGAGCGGGUCGGGGCCGGCGCGCCGGUCUACCUGGCGGCAGUGCUGGAGUACCUGACGGCCGAGAUCCUGGAGCUGGCGGGCAACGCGGCCCGCGACAACAAGAAGACUCGCAUCAUCCCGCGCCACCUGCAGCUGGCCAUCCGCAACGACGAGGAGCUCAACAAGCUGCUGGGCCGCGUGACCAUCGCGCAGGGUGGUGUUCUGCCCAACAUCCAGGCCGUGCUGCUGCCCAAGAAGACCGAGAGCCAUCAUAAAGCCAAGGGCAAGUAA